AUGUUCGAAGGGUUUUCGUUCCCGUCCCCGUCCCCUCCAAAGGGGGAUCCCGACGCGCCAAUAACUACCGGUUACAACACAGGCAUGCUGAUUGACUUCGACAGCAACCUCAUCUCUCCCCUUUGCUCUCGUUCGCCCUCUCCCGUUUCGUUGUGUCACCGGGAUUCAAAAGACCAUCCCUUACUUUGCACACAUACACGACCUCCCUUCAAACUUCCACCCCCGCCCACUUCCAUCCCAGACAAUUACAAUACCUGCCAUCGCCUUUCGAUCGGGACGUUAACAAAAAGGCUAGAUGCUCAACGCUUGGACAACGGGGCAAGCACCGAGAAUGUUGAAGGACAAAGUUUCCCCAUCACACCACCUCACAGUGCAAGUGUACAUGCCAGUAUGCCUUCGAUUUGGCUAGAGAAUAAGACGCUGAGCCCCCCAGCUGUGGACCGGGUUGAUACUUCGUCUUGGGCUGAGCCGUCACCUACUUCGACGCUGAUGUACAUUGAGUCCCGGAGCCCAUCGGCCUCUGAAGCAAGUAACCUACCUUAUCGCCCAUCCCACAAUACGCCCAUCAACCCUCACGAGCACGAGCACGAGCACGAGCACGAGCACGAGCACGAGCACGAGCACGAGCACGAGCAUGAGCAUGAGCACGAGCAGUAUUGUUCCCUCCGCCAACACAGGGAAAACUUAUCCCUUCUGCAAUGCUCUACCAAAACGGUAGCGGAAACCGUUCGUAUCGCCCUCUUACUCGAGAAGGCUGAUCGCACCUGCUCUAGUAAAAACGAUCUCAACGAUGACCAGCACCCGAGCUCCUUGCCACCUCCCCUGCCCUCUCGAAGACGAUCGUCCUUCAAUAGCCAUAACUAUCAUAACCAUCAAAUCCUCAACAGAUCUGCCACAGAACUUGUAUCCAAGUCUAGACUUUCGCCAUCGCCACCCACCCACAGCUCCAAAGUUGAAAAAUCUCGUCACACUCUCCGGAAUUCUAAUCAUAACGGUGGUUGCCGCAGAGGGGCGAAAUCACCGCAGGGUCUACGGCGAAGGAGUCUGGUGCUGGCAGCUGUCACCGCGAUGGUGGAAGCCGAGGUGGCAGAAAAGGAGAAGGAAAAAGAGAAGAGCGGUCGUGGAGUUGAAGACGUUAUUCAAAUGGAUGGCUCACAAUCGAGGGACGCCCUGAAGACGUUGCCAACGAUUUUCUUAAUGUAA